AUGCAACGGCGAUCAACAAUUUUCAAAGUGGUCAUUUCCACUCUAUUGAUCACUUCAUUGGUCUUGUCCACCUUGUGUUCUGGACAAUUCUUUGGAGGUUAUGGAGGCUUUCCUUAUGGUACAGGUGGAUUGGGUGGUGUUUCAGGUCCAUUCUUUGGAACUGGUGGUUUAGGAGGAAAUCCAUUCGGUGGUUAUGGUGGUGUCAUUAAUAGCCUUCCUUAUUUACCUUCGAGUGGCAAUUCAUUUGGUUAUCCAGGAUAUGGAGGAAUGGGAGGUGCUAUUGGACCUUAUUCAACCUAUGGAAGUGGUAACAAUCCCUAUGGAUACAGUAGUGGCUACAAUCCAUACACUGCCAGUUAUAACAGCAAUGGAGCAGGAAACAAUCAACAACGACUUCGAUUCAGUGGACAAAUCUAUGGUUUCAAUCCAUUCUAUCACGGUGCCAAUUUGGUCUCUGUCGAUUUGGAAUAUGUUGGAAAUUGUGCUCGACUCUUGAGUGGCGGUGGUUCAAAUACCGGUGGUGGCGGUGGUUCUGGCAAUAAUUUCAAUCCUCUCUUUGAUCCCAUUAAUGGAGUGAACCCCAAUGCCUUAUUUGGAGGAGGAAGCAGUCAACAACAAUCCAAACAAGCAGGACAAGACCAACAAUCGAAAUUGGAAUCCUUCGCUUCCUACUUUGCCAAUCAAACGAGACUUCAUGCUGGUGAAUUGGGUGCUCAUGCUUCUGCUUAUGGUCCUCCAGGUGCCAAUGAUUUAGCCUCUUCUAUUGUGGAUGCUGCUGAUCGAUUGUCAACAGCUGCUCUCGGAAAAAAGUGGUCGGACUAUGCUCAAGCGUAUCAAUCUUUGGAUAAUUCUCUUUCAAGAAUUUCCUAUUUGGCAUUGAGUCAACAAGUACCAUCUGGUCCAUUUGGAUCUUUUGGACAACAAGGACAACAACAAGGCAGUGGUGCUCAACAACAAGGCCCUCCAUUCCAAAUUCCACCACCACCUCAAUUCCAAGUUCCUCAAUUUGGACCACAACAAGGUGGAGCUGCUCAACAACAGGGUAGUAGUAGUAGCAGUGGUCCAAUGAAUGGUGCCUUCAAUAUUCCAAAUAUUCCAAACUUGCAACAACCUCCAACAUUCAAUAUUCCAAAUAUUCCUAAUGUUCCUAAUCCAGCUCAAGGCUUCUUUGGACAGCAAGGUCAACAACAACAACAAGGAGGUCAGCAACAAGGAAGUGGAGCAACUCAACCACAAGGUGCUUCUCAACAACAAGGUGGAAAUGCUCAACAACAACAAGGAGGUCAACAAACCCAACAACAGAGUCAACACACUCAACAAACUCAACCACCACAACAACAGACUAGUGUGACUGCUAAUCAAACACAAACAGCUCAAAAAUAA